GGUAAAUCACAUAUAGUAGAAAUAAAAUAUUUGAAAUUUGACCUUUAAAUAAAUAUCCUAAUCUACAUUACAAAAAAUUGGACAGUCAAUAAUACAGUGGGAAUGGAAACAAUAAUAUAAUUUACUUCUUGUUUACAUUACUAACAAAUAUGAAUACUCAUUGCUUGAAUUUAAUCCCCCAGUGCCUACAAUUGCACUUCUAUUUACCAACUGGUGUACACAAAUCCAAUCCAGAAAAUGUACCUAGAACUGGCGUAGCAAGUUAUCUGUAUAGCCAUCAGAAGCCAUGGGAGGGCAGCAGUUUGUAUAUUUUACAAGGUACAGUGUAAGUAUACCAGAUCAUAGAGAAAAGAAGUGAGAAAAAUACUUUAUCAUCGAAAUGAUGAUAAAUUCUUUUUCAUAAACUUUGUUCUUAAGUGUUCAACAUUGCAGUUUCAUUAGGUGAAAUUCAUUCUUUCACUAAUUUAAACCAGCUUAUCACCUUCAAUUUACUUACCCUAAAAAGCAGGUUCAUUACCAUCACUGAAGAAUCUGUUGCUUGCUAACAAAUUUUCAAUACACAGUUCAGGAUAACAGUUCCUCCUAAAACUGUUCUGGUGCAGGAGUUGAUGGACUGUGUUAUUUAAUAUAAUGAAAACCAACAGUUUUAGAAGUUCUUGUCAUAUCACAAAAUAUCCCCAGCUACAUAAGCACAUGUGUAAAUUUAAGCACAUAAGUCUUAAUGUAUUCAAUGGAAUCCAUCCACAUAUUUACAGCUACAUCUGUUAAAGUAUUUGGGGGCCUUAGAGACGACCCUAAGUUGCAAUGGCUUUCCUUCUGCUCCCUGUGUAAUACAAACACAAGAUUCUAUAGGGAUGAAAUCCUGACCUCAAUUAAGUCAAUAAAAGUUUUGCCAUUAAUUUCAGUGAGGCCAGGAUUUCACCCAGGGAGGAGAUUAGGAGUAACUUGCUUUCUGAAACAAAUCAUAAUCAUUUUGCAUCAGUCCCCUUUUUGACCAAAUACAUCCCACUAGUGUAUCUCUAAUUCUGCACAACACAUAUAUAAGUAUUCCAGUGGCAGAAAACUAAUAUUAAAGAUGACAAGUAUGCCACUUUACAAAGCUUUAGUUAAAAGCACAUGAAAAUCAGUAGGAAAUGAUAAACCACAACAAAAUAAAGGUCAGUUCAAUGAUAUUGAAAUUGAGAUAGUUAAGGUCACAAUACAUAGAAUAAAGAAACUUUUGUUACACUUUCUCAUAGAUUAUUUAAAUUAUAUUCUUUAAACAGAGUACUCAUAGAGAGCUAAAAUGUUCUUUUUGACUAUUAGGAAGAGGGAGCUAGACUACGAAUAUUUUUUUUUAUUUAGGUUGUGUUAUUGAAUGUUUUUCUGAUUAAAAUACAGGUUGAUUCCUGGAGCCAGAACAAGUACUAGUUAGCACUGUGCAGCCUUCUGCACUAGUCCUACAAAUGUGCCCACCCCGGAUCCAAUUUAUUGCAGUUCUAGACUCUUACUGAACAAGCAAUAUUAAUUGUUUGGAAAUAUGUUUUGCUUUUGGGGUAUUGUCCUGUGCCAAUUAAAUAGGUAGAGUUCAUAAAGCUUAUUACAUAUUAUUAUACUACAUAUGUGACCUACUGUAGGCCAGACUUGAACAGAGUCAUCCAGAUGCUAGAAAACUAGUUUAUCUAACAUUCUGCAAAGAGUCCAAAAAUCUCUUUUGCAAAAUUACACUGAGUAUGGCAAAAAGCUAGAGUAUGGAAACAAUUCAGCUGGCCAAUAAAAUGGAAUGUAAAACCCAAGAAAUUAGCCAUUGAAUAAAUGGAUAUCAUUGAAAAAGGCACAGAAAUUCUUUUUUUUCUUUAAAGUCAUUUUAUUAGUUUCAGUGAGUUUAUUGUUGGCUCCCAAUUGGUUACAAUUUACAUCUAGUUGGCAUGGAAUAAAGCUAAGUUUUGUAUUGGAGAUGACUGCUUAGUAACAGAUGUCUAAUGUUUCCCAACACAUUAAGUUCAUUUAUUAGCCAGCUCAGUAAAACUAAAUAAUAGGGUAAUUACAAAUUUCUGUUCUUGUGUCAUUUUCUCAUUCUUUUUUGAGUGCCUGAGUGAUUAAGAUUGUGGUGACUCUUGAUACAUUUCAAGCCCUAUUUAAAUUUUAUUUCAAAGUAAUUCUUUGUGUUUUUAUGCAGCAAUCUGUUAGUUAAAUAGUUGGAACGUGGACAUUCCAACAUACUAUGCAAAUGGCCAAAAGCUUUUCUCACCACAGCCUCCCUGCAUAACAUGUGUUAUACAAAUACUUACAGCUUGAUUCAGUGACUACUGUUUGAAAAUAAUGGGAAAUUCUGUGCAAUGGGAUUUCUGCCCAGUGACCAGCGACAGGUUGGGGCCUCUUGACAACUUUUUUUUUAAACAUAUAACUUCAGUUAAUACUAAAUGUGGUAUAAAAUUAGGACACUGAUUGGAACUCUUUGAAUUUUGGGAAGGAGGUGGUUUGGAUACAAGACCAAAACCUGCCAAAACAAGAACCAGAAGAAGGCUGAUUUCUAGUAUUUGUUUUGUUUUCUGAGAUAUCAAAAAGAUAACCAUUUUCAUGAGGGUUCAGAAGAAAUAAGGUGGCAAAAUUGCUUCUAGGCAGAUUUGCAAAAAAUCUUAGUAGAACAGCUCAUGAGAUUUUGUCACCGUCAAAUCUGAACUAUAGCUUAUGUUUUAUUUUCUGUCCAUCUCUAACAUAAAUGGACAUUAAACAUCCAAGGCAAGGAGAUUAGACGCCUAAAUGUUUGCAAAGACAAGGGGAAUCUCUCCUAUUAAAAAAGUGAGGUAUUAUCUUUAUCUAAGGAAAAAAAGAUCUUGAGGGAGUUAGGCAGACAGUUUCCACUGGAAUUCAGUAGGUGUUGAUUGCCUAACUCCCUUCAUCUCCUUUGAAAAUUGCUGUCUAAAUUCUUGAAAAUGCUUUAAAAGAAGAAGUUUGGUUGCUUUGCAUGGAUAACUUGGGUUAUAAGGCAUGUUUGGUUUUUUUCCUCCUAUCAGCUGAAUACUUUGGUGAGAAUCCAUGUUCGCUAAGAAUAACUCCCCCUUACACAUUUGACACAUCAACUUUUUUUUGUUUGAAAAAUUUCAAUCCACUUUUUUUCCUUUGUAUUUUCACUUGCAUUUUCAAGGCCCUCUGCCAGGUGGUUCUAGGAUCAGAAGUGGAAAUGCAUAAAUAACUUGAGAAAGGUUGUUCUUGAAAUAUUUCUUAGCCCAACUAAGGAAAGAAGUACCAGAAAUCUCAAUAUAGCCAAUUUCUUUCAAAUUCACUGAGCUGCUAUCCAGGUCCAAGAAUUUCUGAGCAUUUGAAUAUGGUUCAGAUAAGUAUUCAGACCUUUGAAUACUGAACCAAACUUCAGAACCUCUCUGUGGCUGCUCAUUGUACCUCUAUACAUUAAUUACUUUAUUAAAUUAUAUAACUAAAUAUUAUUUUUAUGGCUGUCACCAACCCUUCCAGAGGUCAAAAAGGAUCAUGGCUAAUUCAAACAAACCUGGAGACCUUAUUUACAUGCCAGAUAUCUAGUGUAUAACCUUCUCCCCUAACCUACCUCAAACACUUCUGCCAUGCCAGCUGGAGAAAGAUUUUAGAAUCUCUGUCAUGGAAAUCAUUAAGAAAUAUGACCAGAACUUGUGUGUAUAUUUUUCCAAGGAGAUUCAAGUUACUUCAGAUUGUACAACACACCAGUUAUCACUAGAACAUGAGUAAUACACAUCUCACUAGCAUUUCAUCCUGUCCCUGCUGGGUUGGGUUUCCAAGGACUUGGAUGUCUCUGUCAGCAGCUGGUUCUUUGAGCUGCCCAAAACAAGACAUGUCUGUGUACAUACAUUAUUUAACUUUCAAAUGUAUCUGUAUUUCAUUGAACUGCCCUCCUAAUCCUUUAUGACUAAAUGCACUUUGGAGAAUAUUUUUGGAAUUAAGCAAAUUCACUAUAGAAUAACUCAUGUAACAUGUAGUUGGUAAAAGUAUAAGAUACUGCUUCUCUUUUACAUGAAAUUGAGAAAUCUUAUUUCAAUGUUGUAGACAGAAUGGUUUGAAUGUACUAUAUUUGCCCAUUGUCUGCCAUUAGUAGUAUGACUGAAACUGUUUCUGAGAGAGUGCACACUCCAGUAUCAUUCAGUUUUUGGUUUAGAAAGCAGCACACAAUCAAAUUAAUGGAUAAGAAGAAAGUAGAUUGAAGUCAUAUCCUUGGUAUUAAGGGCAACUAGGAUAAAGGGUUGAUUCCUAAUUUAUGGCACGAACAGGCAUGUUUUCACUCUGAUAUUUUUGUUUAAAUUACAUUAGAGAUUUACUGCUAGGUUUUUCCAGUGUUGAGCUAUAUGACUCCUGUUAAAGUUAGCUCUACAGCUAAAACCCAGUGCAAAUCUUUUACUGUUAGAAGUAGGGGCUAAAUUUUCUCCUUAGAUAUGUAGGGAAAGCGUUCCAUGGCCUGUGGGCCAAUCUUUUUUUAACUGACAUCCAGGAAAUCUGAAGUAACUGACUUCAGUGAAGUUACUCCAGACUGACUUCAAUUUUUUCAAGGAUUUACAUGCACAUAUAUAAGGGCAGAAUUUGGCCCUAAAUAAUUUUCCUUAAGAAAUAGAAUAGGAUGAGAGUCUCCUUCUUUUAUUGGAGCUUGAAUGGGAUUAAAGUUUGACCUUUACUUUUAGGAAUGAAACAGAAUUAGGGUGUAAUUAUCAUUGUUGGACCAAAUAGGAUUGUUGUCUGGUCUGUACGCUUUCUUUUACAUAUAUUUUUGUUUCAGAAUAUAUAUAAUUCAUUUCUUUCUCUUCUAUAAUGCCCCUGACAAAGUAUCUGGCACACUGUACAAAAUUUGCUUUGCAGUCUUCCUUGAACUGACCAUAGAAUACCAGGCUAUCUACCAAACAAAAUUAGCCAAAAAGAAGAAAAAUUAAAUAAUGCAUCGUAGAAGCUUAAAAAUAUUUUUAAUUAACUUUUUUUUAUUAAGACAGAAAGCCCAAUUUAAAAGCUGUCAUUAGAGCAUCAAUUUUUGUGACUCUCUACACAGAAAGAUGAAGGAUAUAUGCUUGCUGCAAAAUGCUCUUUUGUACUGGAGGUUGUAAAGGGGGUUCAUGGAAUACCCAAGAAUCAGAAAGAGCACCUGUUCAUUUGUACUCUAUUUUGGGAUGUUGGGGCAGGCUUUCUCCUCUCAAGUGGAAUUGAAUGAACUGUACAAAGUUUAUGCAUCACUUUGCAGUCUUUCAGCAUAAAAGGCAUUAUAGAAAUGAAAACGAUUUAUUCCAUGUCUUUCCUAUGCAAAAACUGAUCAUGGAGGCCUUAACAACACUAGAAAAAAUGCACUUAGCAUGUCAGAUCCACUGCUUCCUCAGCAUUGGGGAAAUCCAAUCAAGUUUCCCAGGAUUGGGGAAGAGGGCUGGACUACCUGAUCCUAAGCCUCCCUGACAUCAUGGGUUGGUCAGCAUGGCACUCCCCAAGUGCAUAUCACAUGUCCUAUGUUGUGGAAUAAAUGACUUGGCUUAAUGCAUAUAGAGCUCCUCAUUUGAUAAACCCAGUCACCACAUUGUCUUGCUCCUUCCCGCCGCACCAUUACAAAAUGAGUUUCCACAGGUACGGGACAGAAUCAGGAUGGCUAAUGUGGUGCUUUAUGACUUGGAAAUGGGAAGCAUUCCAUCAGUUGGUUCAAUACUAGGGUGCAAAUCCUUGACAGGAUCUCAGCCCUACCAUUACAUCUAGAAACUAUUAAAUGUAGCAAAUCAGCCAAAAGAGCCUACAACAUUAGAAGUCACAAACUGUAAUAUAUUUAUAGUUUAAAUUGGUCCAGGCAGCCAGACUGAAGUAACAGCUUUCCUGACUGGAUUGCAACUGCUAAUAUAAUUUGUUCUUUGUUAUUUAGAAAUAAGGAGAUUUAUAAGUAGACCUUUUAUUUACCAACAACACUUAGUUUUUAUGUUGCCAGUUUAAUAUGCACAUCAUGGCUAGUAUAAAAUGAUCAAUAAGCAGCCAUGUCAUGCAAGGUUAUUCCAAGUACUAAACAGACUCAGCACUGAUUAGCUUCCAAUAUCAGAUGCAGUCAGAAUGCUAUGGCCAUAGGCUCAAGGUUAUUGAGAGAAUCUGACGCCAUUAAAAAUAAUAAAGCAGAACUCAACUAAUUUGUUAUCAGAAACCACAAGAUAGGAUUGCCUUGUAUUAUGUUUUAAUUUGGUCUUUGUUAUAUAUGGCCACUCCAAACUCAUUCCCUGCCCCCAUCCCUCUUUUUCUGCUCCUCUGUUACCUUGGAACAGGUCAACUGCUGCUUUCCCUGCCCUCACAAUGUCCUUUCACUUUUAAAAAGAAUAACGAAUGCUGGUUUGAGGGGAAUAAGGUGGGAGUAAAUCAGUUACAUUCCAUUAUUGAAUUAGAUUAGAUUAUUCAGUGACAGCCCUGACAGUUUAGAUAGAUAGAUUAGCUACAUUAAAAAGAUAGGUGGAUGGAUAGGUGUAUAUGAUCAUCAAUAACAUUAUGACAUUUUAUCAUGACUGUAUUAUCAGAAAAUAUUAAAACCUUAUCUGUAGUGAGCCAUGCUUACUUGUUAUGUUAUCAUGAAAUAGUACUUUGUAGGCUAUUUGGAUCCUCUAAAUGCAAAAUAUGGGCAUAACAUUAAAUAUUGUAUAUCGGUAAACUCACUAAACAAUUCCUACCCUGCAUGCUUGUGUUCAUAAUCUUGUCAACAUUACUUUCACAUACAAUUCUGUGUUCCUGAAGGUCAAAGGUUGCAUUUGACUAUGCACAUGCACUGGGGACUUUUUUGGCAACUGAAUGCCCCUUGUCCAAAGUUUAUUAAGCGGGUGGAUCCUGUUCAUCCAUCUGCCUUCUGAGCCUUCUAAAAAUACCAUAACCCUCAACAAGGAGAUAUUUUAAGGGAUUCAUAUUCACAACUAUAUUUGUGGGAAGCUUAUUUUGGCAGGCUUGCAUGUGUCAGAUUUGCAUGCUUGCAUAGUUAGUGCUUUGUGAACUUUUAUUGCAAGCCACUUGUACACAGGCUAAGGAGAGAGCUUCAGGACUGUCGGAUACUAGGUGGGAAUUUCUGCUCUAAAUAAGCUUAUAAAUAUAAAAGAAGAGAAGAUACAUUUUUAGGAAUGUUAAUAUGUGUCUGAAGUCAUUCAUUUCAGACAUUUGCAUGCCAGCCCUCAGCUUAUUGGAUCUGAUUUCAUAUAACUUGGCUGGGAUUGCUCUCCAGGGACCUUAAUGAUCUUGCUACUUUCAAUAAACAUUUAUAGAAACUACUGCCUGUGGAUAAGGGAAACUCAUAUGAGAGACUUUAUCUUCCAGAAAUACUAAAAGGCAAAACAGUCCUCAGCAGAAGAUUAAUAGGAAGUGUCAAAAUGUAGCAUUCAAUUGAUAACUGGAAUUGAAUUACAGUACAAAAAAUUUGUUUUAUAGACACACAGUAGAAACUUUGAUUUUCCUACUUUGGGGGGAAAAUGCAAAUAUAUGUUAUACUUUACAAUUGAGACCAACAAAACUAUGAGUGUGAACAAACACAGACUUUGACACAAGAUGGAAGUUAAACAGAUAUGAAGCUGAAGCUGCCUUCUUCGCCAACCUGAAACUGUCUGAUUUCAACAUCAUUGACACUCUUGGAGUUGGAGGUUUUGGACGAGUUGAACUGGUCCAGUUGAAAAGUGAAGAAUCCAAAACAUUUGCAAUGAAGAUACUGAAGAAGCGUCACAUAGUGGACACAAGACAGCAGGAGCACAUACGCUCAGAGAAGCAGAUAAUGCAGGGGGCUCACUCAGACUUCAUUGUGAGACUAUACAGGACAUUCAAGGACAGCAAAUAUUUAUACAUGUUAAUGGAAGCCUGUCUAGGUGGAGAGCUUUGGACAAUUCUCAGGGACAGAGGUUCAUUUGAAGAUUCUACGACCAGAUUUUAUACAGCAUGUGUAGUGGAAGCUUUUGCCUAUCUGCAUUCCAAAGGAAUAAUUUAUAGGGACCUCAAGCCAGAAAACCUCAUUCUAGAUCACCGAGGUUAUGCCAAACUGGUCGAUUUUGGAUUUGCAAAGAAAAUAGGAUUUGGAAAAAAAACAUGGACUUUUUGUGGAACUCCAGAAUAUGUAGCCCCAGAGAUCAUCCUGAACAAAGGUCAUGACAUUUCAGCAGACUACUGGUCACUGGGAAUCUUAAUGUAUGAACUCUUGACUGGCAGUCCACCUUUCUCAGGCCCAGAUCCCAUGAAGACCUAUAACAUCAUAUUAAGGGGGAUUGACAUGAUUGAAUUUCCAAAGAAGAUUGCCAAAAAUGCUGCUAAUUUAAUUAAAAAACUAUGCAGGGACAAUCCAUCAGAAAGAUUAGGGAACUUGAAAAAUGGAGUAAAAGAUAUCCAAAAGCACAAAUGGUUUGAGGGCUUUAACUGGGAAGGGUUAAGAAAAGGCACAUUGACACCUCCUAUAGUACCAAGUGUUGCAUCUCCGACGGACACAAGCAAUUUCGACAGUUUCCCUGAGGACAAUGAUGAACCGCCACCUGAUGACAACUCAGGAUGGGAUAUAGACUUUUAAUGUAUUUCUCUUACCUGCUUCUGCCUUGCUGAAGACAGCUUCCUGAGACAUGGCUGCCAGCAAAACUGAAGGAAUUGGGGAGGAUUAGUGCUCGGGGUCACCAUGAUGCCUUGAUUGAUGCUGCUACAGUAACUACAGUGGCAUUAGGACUUAUUGCUUAGAUGACAAUAGUGCUCUUCACAUGUUUUAUGUUUGAACUUAUAAUAGCAGUUGACAUGGUGGUCCUGAAGCAAGCCUUUUCACCAGUAAAGAAAUAUGUUUUCUAUCACUGCAAUUAUCUUGCUAUGCUCUAAUUAUAAUUUGAAAGAUAAUAGUGUAAGAUACUCUUAAAGCCAGUAUUUUACAGCUAGAAUUAUCAGUAGGAUCAAAUAGUAACUUAUUAUGUACUAUAGUUAUCUAUGGUACAGAAUGUGGGGUACUCCCACACUUCAGAGUGAGUUUGUAGGGUCUUUUACUACAGGCCAGUGUGAAUACAAAGGAGGACCACAAAACUAUAGGUCAAUGAGUUCAUGUCAGAGCAGUGCUAAAAGUUGUCUUUUUUUCAAGCAGUAUUCAUGACAAGACUGAAUGUUACCUUUCCUUUUUCUUUCUGACAGAUUUUUUAAACUGAUACAACAAAAGCACAACUGCUACAGAUUCUGUUGAGAACUGUUAAGGCAGGUAUGGGUCGGUUUUCGCAUACAACUGAGAACAUGAUGUAACUAACAUCUUUAUUUUUCUUUUGGUACAAUAAAUAUUUGCAUGAAAAAAUCAUAAUUAUUCAUUCUACAUAUUUAAAAAAAACUGUGCUUAAAUAACGGUCCUAGAAAUAGAAUGACAACAACCAACUGGUCUUAUUAAUUAUUAGAAAUAAAGACUGAUCUUAAAAUAACCCUUAGCUUUUAGAACCCAAGGAGGAAAAUCUCAGACCCAUAACAUACUGUAUAGGUGCUAUGUACGUCUUUCAUCUGUGAAUAUAAAUGUUCAGCAGUCAAUAAACAUUUCAGAGAUAUGUAGCAAGAGACAUCAUCUUUAGUGAUGCUCUAAAAACAGAGAAUCCUUUAAGUCUCCGCAUUUGCAUCUUCUCUGCUUUCACUCUGCAGUAUUUGGGAGCCAUCAUAGUAUUCUUACUUUUCCUGCUUCUUUAAAAAUAUAUCAAUACCGAGGCAGUUUGCAGAUGACCUGGCUGUAUUUUUUAUCACUAUAUUUCAAAAUGUAAAUAAACCAAUGUUUUCGGUUACAAUACAGUAUUAUAACAAUGAAUCCUAAUACUCUGCCUGGAAUAAUGGAUGGGAUUCUGAUGGGAUCCACAUAAAUGGAAAACUAAUGUGAGAACAACACAGGUCUACUGUAUUUGUGUGAGAUCUGCUGGCACAUAUAUUUGCAGUACACAGACACUUCAGUGAUUAUCCUGAGGUGCUGCAACGGCUACUAUCCUGAGGUGCUGCAACAACUACAGCACAAACUGCUAUAAAAAAGAGAGGGGAAAAGGAUACUAUAGGCCUGAAUUCUUUUCUCACUUACUUCAACUGCUUUUACAUCACUGUAACUCCAGGACAUCAAUGGAGUCACUCCUGAUUUACAAUGAUGUGAGAAAAAAAAAAUCAAACCUUAUUUGCCAACUAAU